AUGCAGGUGUCUCAAUCAAAAUGUUCCAACACUAGCAUCGUGCGAGCCUGCGUCAACUGCCAGAAAAGGAAGAGCAGAUGUAUGAGAGGUAGUGUACCCAAUGACCCAUGUUCCUACUGCACCAAAACAGGAAAGACCUGCAGUUUUGAGAGUCCACCUGAUCGGACACCUCUAACCCGGAAGAACUUGGACGCAGCUGAGCUUCGGUGCACACAGCUCCAGAACUUGCUGCUAUCACUCAAUCCUGACCUGGAUAUUGAGUCUGCCUUGAAACGGUCAACGAUUGAUAAUAAAGAGGGGGAACACAGUUCAUAUGCCACGGAGGAGUCGGAUGAGACCACUCCUCACAGCUAUGAAUGGCAUGAAGGUUCUCUGUCCCCCAUAAAUCAAUCGAAUUCAACAAAUGAUAAUGACGGCAUGGCAACGUUGUCAAGUCAUGACUCUGGGUAUCUCGGAAGUAGUUCCGGAUCACAGCUCCUUGGUGAAAUUGACUCCGUGAUCCACGUGUCAAACACAACAAAGGAUUAUCAAAUUCCAGCACACCGAAAGCGCCGACGACAAUCUUCAAAUUCUUCUGGAUUUCCAACGCCCGAAUCUUUAGACUUGCCUCUCUCUUAUAUAUCAAGUCGUCUCAUUGACUCUUACUUUCUUCUCUAUAAUACUAGUUAUCCGAUACUACAUGAAACGACAUUUCGCAACAGAGUCAAGGCAGGACACAGACAACGGCUUGUAGGCUCGCCAUGGAAAGUUGUCUAUCACAUGGUUCUUACCAUCGGGCAUUGGCUAUCGAGUAAAGAGUCAGAACACCAACAGUCAGGCUAUUAUUCGGCAGCAAGAUCAUACCUGUCGCUCCAGAUGCUCGAGUCUGGCACUAUUGAGACGGUACAGGCGUUUCUACUUAUGGGAAAUUAUUUGCAGAAGCGAGACCGGACCAAUACUGGAUACAAUUUUAUCGGUUUGGCCUACAGAAUGGCACUAGGACUAGGCUUGCACCGUGAACCGCCUGGCUCCGAGGAUACUGUUGGUCAUGAGCGCCGUCGACAGCUGUUCUGGAUCAUUUAUUGCUUUGAAAGUGGAUUCAACAUCACCACUGGUCGACCGCCAGCAAUGUCAGACAGUUUUACAGACACUCGCUUACCCCGAAAUAUCGAUGACAAGGAGUUACACUUUAACGCACCCGUUCCUGCGGAAGUUAGUUAUCCCACAACAUAUUCCGCGAUAAUAUGCCACACACAACUUGCAAAGAUCGCCGACACAAUCUACCACGAGUUUCUUUUAGCGAAAAUUGCAGGCACUAAAGUCGAAUUUCGGGUCGCUGAGACAAUGGAGCGAGAUCUUAAUCGUUGGCGAGAUACUCUACCAAAAUACUUUCGUACUACAGAUUGUCCGUCGUGGUUUAGAGCGCCACGAGCCGUUAUUUUAUGGAAGGAACAAAACCUUCGUAUACUCCUGUGGCGUGGUAGCCAAAAACGUCACAGUUAUCUUCCGCGCAAAGUUGAUGCAGAUGCGAAAUGUCUCGAAAUUGCCAUGCAGACCAUUCAUGAUAUUGCAGCAUUCUGCAUGGGAUAUGAAUCCUCUUUAAAUAACGGGAUCACCUGGUACGCUACAUACUUCAUAUUUCAGGCGACACUAGUCCUCGAGGCCAGCUACCUUACCGAAGCUAGUCGACCAGAAGAGGAUAGGCUAGCCUGGCAACAUUCCGUCUCGAAAGCGCGCGCCUGCUUGAAGGCUUUGGAGCACAACAACAGACCAGCGAGGCGCUGUUUGGAGAUGCUUGAUCGAAUUCACAGUCAAUUUCAAUUAUUACCACAGCUGGAUCCCGCGUUGGAUCCUGCCUGCUUUCUACCCAUGGGUCUGAAUCAGGAUGCAACAGCAACAUUCACCGAAACGAACGCCAUCUCUGAGACAAAUGAAAUUUUAGAAUUACCGAGUGAGAACGAAUUUUCUUCUUACGGGGAAAUCCAAUCAGUAUACGGCGAAGAAACUACAGACCCGAGCCUUCGCAUGCUUCUCAAUGAAGGCCCUCUUGACUUUAUGGACAAUAUGCCCUUGGACCUAUUGCUUGAUGAUUGGACAGCAUAG